CCAUUUAACAAUAAUGAAACAGAUGAAACCACAAAUGAAGGGUAUAUUAAUGAAAUGCUUUUUUAUGGGAAAGUUUGGGGCCUUGCACAUACUGCUGUAAACAAAUGCAUAUUACAUCGUGACCAUGAAUUUGUUUGUUUAAUCGAAGAGUAUUUGAGCAGGAUUCAUAUUAGAGAAGAUGAAUUGAUCGGAGAACAAGAAACCUCGACGUAUACUUUAUUUAACAGACAUACUAUUGAAGACAUACCACUUGCGAAUCCCCGAAAGGUUACUGUUAAGGGAAGACCAAAAGCAGCAAGUCACAAGAAUGCUGCAAAAAUUAUAUCACAAGAUACAGGAAAUAAAAAGAAAUGUGGACAAUACACUUGCAGAUUUUGUAAAGAGCCAGGCCACAAUGUAGCAACUUGUCUAAAUAAGGUAGAGGA